AUGUACAAGACCGUCCUUGUGGUUGCUUUCAUUGCCGUCGCUGUCAUGACAGCCCAAGUUCAUGGCUCCGGUUAUGCAGGCAUCGGAGGCCUUGGUUUGCUUGGAGGUUAUGGAGGAGCCUAUGGUGGAUAUGGAGUAGGCUAUGGUGGUUAUGGAGGAGGCUAUGGUGGUUAUGGAGUAGGCUUAGGUGGUUAUGGAGGAGUCAUGGGUGGUUAUGGAGGAAUCUUGGGUGGAUAUGGAGGUCUUGGCGGGUAUGGAGGUGGUUAUGGAGGUGGCUUUGGAUUUGGAAAAGGCAAAGCUGUGGUUGUUCCAUAA